GGGUUAGCCUUCAAAUCUGAAGAAAGAGUUAAAGGAAACGGAAAAAGGAAAUCAAUUUUCCCCUUCCCACGCCCUCUCUCUCUCACGCAGCCCACGCCACAGUUUCCACCCAGCAGUCGCCGGCCAGCUUCCGGCAAACCACGCUGCCAGUAACCUGCUCCUCCUUCUCUUAUCUUUGACUCUCUUCAUAGCCAACAGCAGCAAGAACUCAGCGCCGCUCUGCUGACCAUCGUUCCGUCAUCCGUGACACUCCGACGACUAGUCGCUCGCCACUCCAACUUCCGGCCUCGGUCGUUCAGGCCAUCUGUGGGCUUUCUUAGGGUGAUUUUUUCUUACAUUUGGCGCUGGAAUUUUUCGUUACCCAUUAUAUUUCUGGCCCCGUAACUGAUUGCCCACUAUGUGUUGUCCAGUUGUUUUAGUAUUGAGUUUUAUUUGAUAUUCCUUCAUCGCCAACCUUUCCGAACAGAAGUUAGUUUGGAACAAAUAUUUGUUGAAGAAACCUUAGAAUCUAUUGUACUAGUUUCAAUUUAGCAACAAUGGCGGGAGGCAAGAUUAGAAAAGAGAAGCCAAAAGCAGCGGCGAAGGCUGCAACACCGUAUCAGGGAGGGAUUUCAUUCCACAAAUCCAAGGGUCAGCAUAUUCUUAAGAAUCCCUUGCUGGUUGACUCUAUAGUUCAGAAAUCUGGAAUUAAGAGCACUGAUGUGAUCCUCGAGAUUGGUCCUGGUACUGGUAAUCUCACCAAGAAGCUGCUAGAAUGUGGUAAGAUGGUUAUUGCUGUCGAGCUUGAUCCUCGUAUGGUUCUCGAGUUGCAGAGGCGUUUUCAAGACACUCCUUACUCUUCUCGCUUGAAGGUUAUUCAAGGAGAUGUACUCAAGACUGAGCUUCCCUAUUUUGAUAUAUGUGUGGCAAAUAUUCCCUAUCAAAUAUCAUCACCCCUCACAUUCAAAUUGCUAAAUCAUCAACCUGCUUUUCGGUGUGCCAUCAUAAUGUUCCAAAGGGAAUUUGCUAUGAGGUUAGUUGCUCAACCUGGAGACAAACUUUACUGCCGUUUGACCGUAAACACCCAACUCCUAGCUCGAGUGUCUCACCUCCUAAAAGUUGGAAAGAACAACUUUCGCCCUCCACCUAAGGUGGACUCAUCUGUAGUUCGAAUUGAGCCAAGGAAACCGCGUAUUGAGGUGAAGCAGAAGGAGUGGGAUGGAUUUCUGAGAAUCUGUUUCAAUCGAAAGAACAAAACUCUUGGUUCAAUAUUUAGGCAGAAGAGUGUUCUUUCUUUGCUAGAGAAGAACUACAAGACAUUGUGUUCACUUAACAUCCUUCAGCAAGGUUCUGGAGGUAAUGAUGACAGUGCAUUGGAUUAUUCAAAUGAGGAUCAAAGCAUGGAAGUAGACGAGGAUGGAGAUGAGGAGGAGAUGGAUAUGGAAGAUGGUGAUGCUGAAGAAGGGGAAGCUUCUGAAUUUAAGGGUAAAGUGAUGGGUGUUCUAAAGGAGGGAGAUUUCGAAGAAAAGAGGUCUUCUAAACUCACCUUACAAGAGUUCUUAUACUUGCUUUCUUUGUUCAACAAGGCUGGCAUACAUUUUUCCUGAUUUUGUUUUUGUGAUGUGUUUCUCCACAAUAUCCAAUUUUGUCCUUCUCCCCUGUGUUUUAGGACUAUCCUUUGUUUACUCCUAGAGAGUAGUAAAGUUAUACCAAUUUUUGUUGCUUCAACAACUGGCAAUUGAAAUUGUUACUCUUAUUCUUAUUCUUCUCUUUUUGUUGUAUUAAUCCAAUGAAUUUGUAUUCUUUUA